AUGGCUAGUCAUGGCAUUCCCCGUCACAGCUCACUUGAAGCGACUGGUGAAACCCGCCAGCAGGAGCUCCGCAAAAUCGAGACAUAUCGCCAACUGGAAUAUGUCGUUCGCGAGGAGAUCAUGAAUCGCAAAUACACGCCGGAGACAUUACAGAAGUUAUCUGAAUUGCUCAAAAAGAAUCCCGAGUACUAUACCAUGUGGAAUUACCGCCGCCGAGUGCUUCUGCAUGAGUUUUCACAGGCAGUUCCCGAGCUUCCAUCGGAGACCGAUAUCGAACGCAUCACGACCCUAAUCCAAACGGAUUUGCAGUUUCUGAUCCCCCUUCUCCGUAGCUUUCCCAAAUGCUAUUGGAUUUGGAACUAUCGACUGUGGCUUCUUGACGAAGCCAAGCGUCUUCUUCCCAAGGCCAUCGCCCGUAAAGUAUGGCAGCAAGAGCUUGCCCUUGUAGGCAAGAUGCUCAAUUUGGACAGCCGCAACUUUCAUGGUUGGGGAUACCGACGCUUUGUGGUAGAGACCUUGGAGAGACUUUCUUCGGAUGAAGAGAAUGAGAAGAGCCUAACGGAAUCGGAAUUUGAAUACGCAAAGAAAAUGAUCGGCACCAACCUCUCCAACUUCUCUGCCUGGCAUUACCGUACUAAACUUAUCCAGCGGUUACUGAGCGAGAAGUCGGCCAGCGACGAAGAGCGCAAACAGAUUCUUGACGACGAGCUGGAACUUAUUCAUCGCGCCUUGUGCGAUCCUUAUGAUCAGUCAUUAUGGUUCUAUCACCAGAACUUGAUGUGUACCUUUGAUCCAACUAAGUCAAGCCAUACAAUGACACCGAAUUUGACUAAGACAGAGCGAUUGAACUAUAUCCGCGGGGAGAUCGAGAAGAUCCAGGAGAUGCUAGAUGGGGCGGAAGACUGCAAGUAUCUAUACCAGGCGCUUAUAGACUGUACCUCACUGGAGGCUAGGGUGGAAGAAACAACGCUAAAUGAGGACCAGAAGACGCGGGUAUUAGACUGGCUGUCCGAAUUGAAGAAGCUGGAUCCCCUGCGGGCAGGACGGUGGCUAGAGUUGGAACAGUCACUCUGCAGCUGA